CAUAUGUGCACCACACACACUGUCUUUCCCUGGAGGAGAACUUGAUGGAUCCCUCCAGUCAUCACAGCUGACACAUCAAGGCCCAGCAACACUAUUAGCAGCUUCCUCAUGAACACAGUACAACAGGAUUACACUCUGUGACUAAAGUGGAUCAUCACAAAUUUCUGGAUAAUCAACUCAACUAUCCACCGAGACACAGUCUCCUCUUCUCUGCAGGAUCAGUCCUGGAGCUGGCCAUGUGUGUUGGCUGUAAACAUCGGUAGUAACAUGACUCAGGUGUGACCUUGGAGAUGCCGAAGAGACGAGACAUCGUCGCCAUUGUGUUGAUUGUGUUGCCUUGGACACUGCUCAUCACUGUUUGGCACCAGAGCACUAUCACUCCUCUACUUGCUACUCGAAAGGAUGACAGACGUGAUGGUCGCUCCAGGAAUACUUUUGCUUUUAAGGAGUUCUGCUCACUUCAGAGCCAGGACAUCAUGGAGACAGUGCACACUGAGUAUGUCUACAGCCGGCCUCCACCCUGGUCCGACAUCCUGCCUCCCAUCUACAUCAUCACUCCCACCUACAGCCGGCCCGUACAGAAGGCAGAGCUGACACGUCUAUCCAACACAUUGCUGCACGUGCCCAACCUUCACUGGAUCCUGGUGGAGGACUCCCAGAGGAGGAGUACUCUGGUCAGCCGUCUCCUCCAGAACACAGGACUCAACUACACCCACCUCAACGUGGAGACGCCUAGGAACUAUAAAGUGCGUGGAGACACUAGGGAUCCCCGAAUACCUCGGGGUACCAUACAGAGGAACCUCGCCCUGCGCUGGCUCCGGGAGACCUUCGGUGCAAACAGCAGCCAGCCUGGUGUUGUUUACUUUGCAGACGAUGACAACACUUACAGUCUGGAGCUGUUUGAGGAGAUACGUUCAACCAAAAAAGUAUCGGUGUGGCCUGUGGCCUUUGUGGGUGGUCUUCGCUAUGAGUCUCCAAAAGUGAACACCUUGGGCAAAGUGUACGGCUGGAAGACUGUAUUUGACCCACACCGACCCUUCGCCAUAGACAUGGCUGGCUUUGCAGUGAACCUGCAUCUCCUUCUGUCUAAACCUCAGGCUUAUUUCAAGUUACGUGGGGUGAAAGGAGGUUACCAGGAGAGUAGUUUAUUAAAGGAGCUGGUCACGCUCAGUGACUUGGAGCCUAAAGCUGCUAACUGCACUAAGGUAUUAGUAUGGCACACACGGACAGAGAAGCCUCUGCUGGUAAAUGAGGGCAAGAAGGGAUUUACAGACUCAAAUGUGGAGAUAUGACAGACUCCAUCUGACACAGGAGCAUUUCUCCAUUGGAUUCUACCUGGAUUCAAACCAACCUCAGAUCAAUAAGCCAGUCUUAAAGAUAUGAUCUCAGCACAGUAACGUAGCUGUGACGUCACCACUGUCUAGAGAUGAAGGCACACCUGUCCAGCAGAGAGGGCAGCACAAGACAUGUGCUUCGACGUGCCGCAGAGUAUCAAAGCACAACUGCACACAAGCCAGCCUGUUCUGCUCAGAGCACUGGCUGAUGGGAGAUACUGGUGACAAAGGAUGUUACAUGAUUUAACUGCAGGAAGAUUCGGCACAGCAAGCACAGCCCUCUGAGCACAGACAACACCAGCCAGUCCUCCAAUCAGCAUUAAAUAGGGCCCUUUUGUUCUGAAGCAAGCUGGCUAUCCAGCACAGAGCUGCGCACAGGAAUAAAGGGGGCUCUUGUCUUCGUUGAGUCAGCACUGACUGACAGACUGCACUGGGAAGAUUCCAGCCUCCCCCACUGUACUGUAAAACACUGAGCUGUUUAGAUAGCACCCUGAACCCAGCACUAAUUAGGAGUCCUGAUACUCCUCAACACACAUUCACACACGCUCAGCUGUCACACUGCACACAAUGAGCACACACAGACACACACA